AUGGCACAUCCUUUGUAUGAAGUCGAAGAGGAGAUACUUAAAAGAUUGGAUGUGAAAGAUCUCCUCCGAUGCAAGAGUGUGUGCAAAUCAUGGUCAUCUUUGAUAUCGAAUCAACGUUUCAUUAAAAUCCAUCUCGAACAUCAUUAUGCUAAUGAUUGUGACAAUGAAAGAAUCGGACACCGGAGAAUUACUAUGUCUAAAGAAGCCGAUUACAUUUCAAAUCAACACUUUGAGUUUGACCACGGCUUCUUUGAACUCAAUGACAGCCAUCUACUCGGUUCUUGCAAUGGUCUUGUAUGUGUCUCCCCUUCCCCUAGUAAAAUUUUAGUAAUUAAUCCUUCAACUAGAGAGGUGAAGAAAGUAAGAAAGCCCCGAAUUCCUGAAACCGAUUUUUUGUGUUGGGGCUUUGGUUAUGACUCAUUGACGAAUGAUUAUAAACUUGUCUUAGGGUACAAGAAAGAUGAGAAUCAUACAUGUUUUCAAGUAUUUAGUUUGAGAUCCAACAUGUGGAAGGUUAUCGGGGAGAUAAAUUAUGGAUUUACUAGUAGAGUCGGUAUCUUAUGCAAAGGGGCCCUUCAUUGGUUGGCAUACGCAUUUGAUAUUUCAUCAAAUGUAAUUGUUUCAUUUCAUUUCUUGGAGGAGAAGUUUCUAGAAUUCCCUAUGCCACAUGAUGUGAGAUACCGCGAGCUAGUUACUUGGAAGCCUUUUUUGAUGCGAUUGGGGAAUAUGAAUGAAUGCUUAUGUUUAUUCCCAGAUGUAUUUCUCCAUGAUGUUUGGUCAGGUGUUUCUCGGAACACCAAUAUACGUGGAAAGUCUUGUGUCUCCUCAUUUUCACAACAAAUUGCAGAGAAAAAGAAUGGCCACGAAGAUCAUCAAGAGUCCAAAGAUAGCUUAUGUAACUAUGAUAUGUACUCGAAUUAUGUUGAUAAGCGGGUGAAUUUUAAAACAACUGCCGGAGCAGUUUCCCGCCAAAUCAACCGCCAAAACUGA